AAUAGGUUUUUUACUUUUUUUUAAGGCAGCGAAGAGCUUACAUAUUGGGCCCAAUUUACCUCUUCUUUCCCUUCGCGCGCUGCCUCGCACGCCGUCAGCCGCCGUCAGCCAAGUCACCGUCGAAUUGUCCCAUACCCUUCGAAUUCUCGGUCGUCUACCGAUUUAGGCUCCUCUUUCUUCCGCCCAUUUGCCCACCGGUUAAAGAACCUGGUGUCUUCCUCCUCUCGGUUGUUGUGGAGAAUCAGGGAAUUCGUGAGUUCCAUCGAUGGAUGACCUAUAUGAAGUCAUAGGGAAUAACAGGAUUGAAGAUGUGAGUUGGAUAUGUUCCCUCUCCGAGUCUGAGCUUGAUCUUCUAAUCAGCUUGAAAAAGCUGGUGAUUCUGCGGGCAAAGGCUAUUGGUCAUGUGGAACUGGCAGAGAAAUUUGACUUGAAGAUGCUCCGAGCAAUCGGGUUCGUCGUAAUGGAACAUUUCAGACAAAAGGUCAAAGACUUACCACCAGUACCGGGCAUGGACGAGACUAGUGCAUACUUAGAUGGUUGCAACUUACUAAAAUCUAAGCUUGGCGACAACUUGAGCAUUGAAGAGAUGAAGUCAUGUCUUGGUAUGAAGAGUGAAAAAGACUAUUUCAAAAGACCACAGGACGGGCCAAAAGUACGAACGCAGAGCCGGAGAUAGUCAGAUUGUCGGGACAUAAUUGACGAUGCUCGAUGUUAUUUUUGCUAUCAACAACUUUCAGUUAUGCGUCAGAGUUGCACUGUGAACUCUUAUCGUACGAAAAAAGGAAGUUCCGAGUUCAUGAAGUCUGUAAAUUGAUUGGAUGUCAAGCCAUCAGCUUUACCACUUGGCGUGAAUAAAGAGUAAUUACAAAGAUCAAUUCCGGGGCAAAUUAACAGAUUUCAUUCAUUGAUUCAAACAUCCUUAACAACGAGGUCCCCAUUGAUGAACUCUCUGUAAGCAGCAACAGGCCAAGAGAAUCCCCUGAAGAUCAACCCAGUAGCCAGGGGAACAUCGAUGAUGAUCUCCUUCAUGGCGGGCUUCUUCUCCCCGCUGAUGGCAAUCAAGUAGCUCCGUCCCACCCACCCGAUCCAGCCGGCGAUGUAGAGGAACAGCACCCCUGGGGUCACGAACUCGCCCCAGUGCCUCUGGUCGCCGCUGACGAUCAGGUGCGGGAGGCCGUCGGAGCCGCACAGUAAUCCCUGCUUGCCGUAGUUGUCGAACCGGCGCUUCGUCUUCUCCAUGGUGGCCUUGAUCGCCAGUGCCGGGGCGCUGUCGGGGGCGUACAGCUUCAGCGACGACUCCAGCUUCUUCAGGGACUGCUUCUCCCGCUUCGUGAACUGCUUCGAGUCCUUGCACGGGGUGAGCCCGGAGAUGUCGGCGGCGGCAGGGAGAGGGGCGGCGGAGAGGAGGAUCGAGGAGAGGGCCAGGGCGGCGGAGAAGGCCUGGAGAGGCGAUGCGGAGGCGGCAGCUGUGUUGUUGUCUUGAGAGGCAGAGCAUACUACCGCCGCGGAUCGAGAGAGGGGUGAUGAUUUGGGGAGGAGGAAGGAGGCGGAGCUGCUGCUGCUGCCGGCGGCGAGCUUGGGGUUGAGCUUCAGCAUUGGGUUGGAGAGGUUGGUGGGGAUUGUGAGAGACAUUUCCUCUGUUUUUUUCCUUUGCACCUCUUUUGCGUUCUUCUUCACCUUCUUCUCUGCUUGUUCGACUGGAGAGGGGAGUGUGGAGAAGUGGUCUUUAGAUUCUAUGGUGGAAGAGAUGGGAAAGUAGUGGAGGAGGGAGGAGGAAGGGGAUAAGGCGGGAGCUGAGGUGGAAGGUUAUGAUUGGCUGGAGGAGUGGUUUUUGGCCCUAGACUUCAGAUUCUUCUGCUUUCUCUGUUAUCUAAUCCGUUAUCGGAUUGGUGGCAAGGGUCAGGUGGAUACAGACUGCAGGAGGAUCGUGUGCCUUGCAUGCACAGGCGGAGACAGAAUUUGGGCGCGGGGACGGGAAUUCUUUAACAUAUAAUAGUA